AUUCCUGUAGCAAUAACGAACUCGUCGAUUUAACGUUUGGCAUCACGGCGAAGAGAUACGCGUGAAAAUUUUGCCAGAGUUUAUGUGAAUUUUCGGGGAAAAAGUGUUUAGAAAAAUCGGAAACUUGCACGUAUGGCUAUUUAAGGGCUUCUCAAUCCCACUAUGUAAAAAUCCGGACUUUUCACCGAUUCUUUGAACAUAAACAAUCAGUUUGAUCCAGUUUUAUUACUCUUGGAAUUUGGCAAGAAUCCGGUGCUCUGUUGUCACGUUGUGCCUAUCAUCAUGAGUAAUACGGGAGAGACGAAAAGGACUACAUCGCGCUCUGUGAAUUCGGUGUGUGAUUGUGCCAGUUUUGCACAUAUCCUUACGGAUGUGAAGAAAAAAAUGGAUACCUGUCAUAAGAUAAUUGUUGCUCAGAAUGCCAAGAUAGAGGAGUUGAACUCAGCUGUUGCAGUGCUGACAGCUAAGUUGGAAGAAAUAAAUGUUGCGGCCAAGGAGGCUCCUGCAGUUCAAAAUAUCAGUUACAGAGAUGCAGUUAAGCGCACUAUGCCAGAGGAACACUUACUACUGGUGAAGCCAGCAAAUGAUGAGCAACGCGACUCCCUUAAGCAGAAACUGGUUAGGAAAAUAAAUCCAGAGGAUCUACAGGUUGGUGUGCAGAUAAAUAAGGCAUGUCGCUGUUUGCCUAGGCAUUUUUGGCUCGCUGGCCAAUAGAAGCGCAUGAAAUUGAAGACCGCUCUGGUGUUUGUUUUGAAGAGGAGUAAAUGAGAUCUGUUUAAACUUUAGUGAAAACUUGAUGUAAAUGAUCGCAUGAUCAUGGAAUUUGAAACAUGCA